UCCCGUUGAAACCAACGCUUGUUGUUUCCCGGAGCCGGGAAGAAGGAGAAGUUAACCUCCGCUCUGUCGCUGGUUUUUUUGGGACACCGAGAGGCUGAGAGAAAGAGAGAGGAGAGCAGUCUGUGAGAAGAGAGCGCGGCGCGGAAAGGUAGUGGCGGGCUAAAAUAAAAAAUAAAUAAGGACUGGAGGGAUUUAACCUACCCAUCACCUUGUACGCGCAGCGCGAGGGGAAGCGGCAACUCCUCGAGCCAGCAGCGUGCAACCCACCGCUGCACCGGAUUGUGUUGGAGCAAAUGACAUAAACAGAGAUGGUUUACUACCCGAGGGGACCUUCAAAGACACUGCUGCUGCCGCCACCACUGCUCUGAACUUUUCUGUCCUAAAACUGUCCCGCAGGUUAAGAAAACCACUUCGUCUAGCUCGCACCAAGCAGCAAAGGGAUUAAUCAUGCCGGACCAAAUCACAGUUUCAGAGUUUGUGGCAGAGACUAAUGAAGAUUACAAGUCGCCGACCGCGUCCAAUUUCACCACCAGGAUGUCCCACUGCAGGAAUACAGUGUCCGCUCUGGAGGAGGCCCUGGAUGUGGACCGCAGCGUUCUGUACAAGAUGAAGAAGUCUGUGAAGGCGAUCUACACGUCUGGUCUGGCCCACGUGGAGAACGAGGAGCAGUACACUCAGGCCCUUGAGAAGUUUGGAGAAAACUGCGUGUACAGAGACGAUCCCGACCUGGGUUCAGCCUUCCUCAAGUUCUCCGUCUUCACCAAGGAGCUCACUGCUCUUUUCAAAAACCUGUUCCAAAACAUGAACAACAUCAUUACCUUUCCGCUGGACAGCCUGCUGAAAGGAGACCUGAAGGGUGUCAAAGGGGAUCUGAAAAAGCCUUUCGACAAGGCCUGGAAGGACUACGAAACAAAAGUCUGCAAAGGACAUUCUUUACUGAAAGGCACCAAGAUAGAGAAGGAGAAGAAGGAGCAUGCAAGGCAGCAUGGGAUGAUUAGGACAGAGAUCAGUGGGGCGGAAAUCGCUGAAGAGAUGGAGAAAGAGAGGAGAUUCUUUCAGCUACAGAUGUGUGAGUACCUCCUCAAAGUCAACGAGAUCAAAAUCAAGAAGGGGGUGGACCUGCUGCAGAAUCUCAUCAAGUACUUCCACGCACAGUGCAAUUUCUUUCAGGACGGACUGAAAGCCGUGGACAACCUGAAACCUUCCAUAGAGAAACUGGCCACCGAUCUGCACACGAUAAAGCAGGUGCAGGACGAAGAGAGGAAGCAGCUAACUCAGUUACGAGAUGUCCUCAAGUCAGCUCUACAGGUGGAGCAGAAGGAGUCUAGGAGAGAUUCCCAGGUGCGGCAGAGCACCACCUACAGCCUGCACCAGCCCCAGGGCAACAAGGAGCACGGCACAGAACGCAGCGGGUACCUUUUCAAGAAAAGCGAUGGGUUAAGGAAAGUGUGGCAGAAGAGGAAGUGCACAGCAAAGAACGGAUACCUCACCAUUUCACACGGCACAGCUAACCGACCGCCAGCCAAACUCAACCUGCUCACCUGCCAGGUGAAACACAAUCCUGAAGAGAAGCGGAGCUUUGACCUCAUAUCACAUGACAGAACGUAUCACUUUCAGGCCGAGGAUGAUCAGGACUGUCAGAUCUGGAUCUCGGUGCUGCAGAACAGCAAAGAGGAGGCGUUAAAUCAGGCUUUCAAAGGGGACCAUCACGUUGGCGAGAACAACAUCGUGCAGGAGCUGACCAAGGCGAUCCUGGGGGAAGUGAAGAGGAUGACGGGAAAUGACGUGUGCUGUGACUGCGGAGCCCCCAAUCCGACGUGGCUGUCCACCAACCUGGGCAUCCUCACCUGCAUCGAAUGUUCGGGGAUCCACAGGGAGCUGGGGGUCCACUACUCCCGGAUCCAGUCCCUCACUCUGGAUGUACUCAGCACCUCAGAGCUCUUGCUGGCCAAGAAUGUGGGUAAUGCAGGCUUCAAUGAAAUCAUGGAAGCUUGCUUAAGUGCUGAAAAUGUGGUGAAACCCAACCCAGCCAGCGACAUGCAGGCGAGGAAAGACUUCAUCACGGCCAAAUACACGGAGAAGCGCUUCGCCAGGAAGAAGUGUCCCGAUCCGACGUCGCGGCUCCACACACUGUGCGACGCGGUGAAAUCCCGGGAGAUCUUUCCCCUCAUCCAGGUCUACGCCGAGGGAGUGGACCUCAUGGAGCCCAUACCGCUGGCCAACGGACAUGAGCAAGGGGAGACGGCGCUUCAUCUAGCAGUGAGACUCGUGGAUCGAACGUCUCUUCACAUCGUCGACUUCCUCACUCAGAACAGUUUAAAUUUGGAUAAGCAGACGGCCAAAGGCAGCACGGCGCUGCACUACUGCUGCCUGACCGACAACAGUGAAUGUUUGAAGCUGCUGCUGCGGGGCAAGGCCUCCAUAGACAUCGCUAAUGAGGCCGGGGAGACGCCACUGGAUAUCGCUCGGAGGCUCAAACACCUACAGUGCGAGGAGCUGCUGAACCAAGCGCUGGCAGGAAAAUUCAACGCCCACGUCCAUGUGGAGUAUGAAUGGUGUCUGCAGCAUGAAGACCUGGAUGAGAGUGAUGAGGAUCUGGACGAGAAGCCGAGCCCUCAUCGGAGGGAUGAGCGUCCAGUCAGCUGUUACACGCCGGCCAGUAACUCCCACCACCAGUCUGGCCUGGGCUCGGCGAGCCGCGACUCCUCCAGCCUCUCUAAAGACAAGCCGCGGCCCUACAUGCCCAACCUGGUCAACAACGAGACCUACGGCACCAUCCUCAACACCAGCCCCCCUCAGCCCGCCACUACCUCCGCUCCGCCCCUGCCCCCGAGGAACCUGGUCCAGUUGGCAGGCCUGGGAGGGAUCAGUCAGUCGUCACCGUCCAGCAGCUGGAAGCCUGGAUCAUUAGACCUGGUGGGUCGACAGAGGUCGUCCUCAGACCCCCCCAACAUGCACCCGCCUGUCCCCCCGAUGAGGCUUACGUCGACUGGAGGUCUGGGUCUCCCUCAUGUGACGAAGAUGGAAGCCCUGAGCCUGCAGUCCAAAUCAGGUCAGGGGCCUCUGGGAUCGAGGGCAGUGCCGCCCAAAUCUCCUGCAGGCAACGAUAAAAGCUUCAACAGAGGACCUCUAAAUCGAACGCAGUCCAUCGAGAGAGCAGCUAAGGAAGUGCCAGGAAGUCCUCAGAACUCCAUAGGUCAGUCUCUGCCUCCAGCGCCAAUGCCAAGGAAGGCCUACCCAAAGCAGAGGCCGAAGCGAGUGAAAGCCAUCUACAACUGCGUCGCAGACAACCCGGACGAGCUGACCUUCUCUGAGGGCGAGGUGAUCGUGGUGGACGGAGAGGAGGACCAGGAGUGGUGGCUGGGCCACAUCGAGGGCGACCCGAUGAGGAGAGGAGCCUUCCCCGUUACGUUCGUACACUUCAUCGUUGACUGAAAGGCCGCGCGGCGUCACGGGACGCGUGCUGGGACGCCCCCCCCCCUCCCCACCCCCCGUCUCUGCUCCGCCGGCCAACAAAACGUCAUCCCAGCGUUUAUGAUCAUCACCAUCAUCAUCAUCAUCAUCAUCAUCUUCACCGGCAUCUUGUUUUAGUGUCACUGCUGAGCGAGACUUAGUGUGGGUGUCGUCAUGGCAACCGUUGAAGACAGCGAGUCUGGGUGUCACGCAGGGGGCUCGAGGGGGCUCUGUGGUUUUAAUGCCUGCAGUUAAUGUCAGUGACACAGGAUCUAAAAUUUAAAAAAAGAAAAAGGAAAAAAAAAAGAUGUUUGUAGUGAAUCGCAAUAAAUGCACUUUUCCUGUCUUUAUCUUUGUCGCAACAUGAGGUUCAGUAUACAGCGUUCAUCCAUUCUCAUCCGCAUCGUACUGACGGUCCUUAAGGUGAUGGAGCGGAGCGGUGUAUUUUAACUUACUAACAACAACUGUAAAUGUGAACUUAGUCAACAUGCUUACAUUCCACGUCCGUGCAUGAGCGAUUUUGUACGCGUCUGCUUACAAGUGCAACCUUCCAGAGAUGUAGUAGUCCUCCCGUGUGGAGGUUUUUUUUCCUAAUGGUGCUAUGUAAACCCUGGAAUACGCUGGAGGCCGCACCCGAGGGAGCCGCUUCACUGUCCCCGUUUCAGCGGCGUUGAAACGGGGAUGCCGCAUGUUGAGGUAGCUUCCGACUCAUCGCGCCCGAGAGGCCGCUCUCUCACGUGUGUGUGUGU